GGGCCGCCAGGCGCGGAGCUUGGGAGCGCAGCCCAGGCCGUGCCGCGCGGCGCCAUGAAGGGCAAGGAGGAGAAGGAGGGCGGCGCGCGGCUGGGCGCUGGCGGCGGAAGCCCCGAGAAGAGCCCGAGUGCGCAGGAGCUCAAGGAGCAGGGCAACCGUCUGUUCGUGGGCCGAAAGUACCCGGAGGCGGCGGCCUGCUACGGCCGCGCGAUCACCCGGAACCCGCUGGUGGCCGUAUAUUACACCAACCGUGCCCUGUGCUACCUGAAGAUGCAGCAGCACGAGCAGGCCCUGGCCGACUGCCGGCGCGCCCUGGAACUGGACGGGCAGUCUGUGAAGGCGCACUUCUUCCUGGGGCAGUGCCAGCUGGAGAUGGAGAGCUAUGAUGAGGCCAUCGCCAAUCUGCAGCGAGCUUACAGCCUGGCCAAGGAGCAGCGGCUGAACUUCGGGGACGACAUCCCCAGCGCUCUUCGAAUCGCGAAGAAGAAGCGCUGGAAUAGCAUCGAGGAGCGGCGCAUCCACCAGGAGAGCGAGCUGCACUCCUACCUCUCCAGGCUCAUUGCCGCGGAGCGUGAGAGGGAGCUGGAAGAGUGCCAGCGGAACCACGAGGGUGAUGAGGACGACAGCCACGUCCGGGCCCAGCAGGCCUGCAUUGAGGCUAAGCAUGACAAGUACAUGGCAGACAUGGACGAGCUCUUCUCUCAGGUGGACGAGAAGAGGAAGAAGCGUGACAUCCCCGACUACCUGUGUGGUAAGAUCAGCUUUGAGCUGAUGCGGGAGCCGUGCAUCACGCCCAGUGGCAUCACCUACGACCGCAAGGACAUCGAGGAGCACCUGCAGCGCGUGGGUCAUUUUGACCCCGUGACCCGGAGCCCCCUGACCCAGGAACAGCUCAUCCCCAACCUGGCCAUGAAGGAAGUCAUUGACGCAUUCAUCUCUGAGAAUGGCUGGGUGGAGGACUACUGAGAUACCUUGCCCUGCCCAGCAUCCUGGUCCAGGAGAGCCCUGGGCGGAAGCCCUCCACCCCUGUACAUAGUUUGUGUUGCUGGCCACCCUGGCCCCUUCCAAGUUCAAGUUCUGCUGUUGGGCUCUGGACUAUUCCCCCUCUCAGCAUAGCUCUUGCUGGGCCGUGAUUGUCCCCCUUUGUGGGCUGGAAAAGCAGGUGAGGGUGGGCUGGGCUGAAGCCACUGCCGCCACUGUCUGUGUAAUAAAAUCCAUGAGCACGAGAUGGGACGUGCUGGUGUGUGGCAGGCAUGCCUGCCAGCUGCUUUGGCUAGCCGAGGAAGGUGGAGAUGAAGACGCUGGUGUCAAGGUUGAGUGUGGCAUGCCACCAGCGGUCAGGGAAGUACAGGACCUCACCAGCCCGGAUGGUACACUCCAGGGGCCGUGCAGACGGUGGCAGGGCUGAAUAUGUGUCCCGGAGCCAGGCCAGCGUGGUCUUGUUGGGGUGGAACUCUGGUGUCUUCUCAGGUGGGUAGAGGAACCAGCGCUUACGGCCGUAGAUCACCUCCGAGUACCCGGGCCCAUGCCAGUGGAAGGGCACCCCCGAGCCAGCUCCUGCGAUUCCAAAGCUGUAAGCUGGAGCGGUUCCCAGCAGGCCAAAUGGGGGUGGGGAGUAGUGCCGAAAGAGAGAGGCCCACUCGGUGAAGUUGUUGUCCCCGAAGAAGUACAGGGUGUCAUUGCCCAGGGAGGUGGGGUCCUGGGGGUGCAGCAGCUGCUCCACAUACUCCUGGAACGGCAAGUCCACUUUCUGGUAGGAGUAGGUGUUGGCGGUACUCAGGCGGACCACUCUGUCCCCAAACGAGGCCAGCAGCCUUUCGCGGGAGCACAGGGCCCGGAACCUCGAGUUGUCCGUGAGUCCCUGCAGGAUAACGGGCCUGACGAAGGCGUACUGCUGCACGAACUCGGCGUAGGUGAGGUCGGCCCGACGCUCCACCGUGCAGCGCUCCUCC